AUUGCGUAACGAAGUACCCUAUCCCUAGGAAUUUAUAUCAAAUGACUCAGUGGGCGUCUGCUGGCUUUCAGAUUUGUGAUAAUUCGAGUCCUUCAAAUUGGUUCUGAACUUUAACAGAUGAACAAGGGAUUGAAUUGAUGGCUUGAGAAAAAUGACUAAUUUAGUACUGGUGUUUGCUGCUUUAAAUCUAUUACCUCUUUUUGUGUUGGUUUUAUCUGCAGACUACAAUACGUUCUUGGAUGGUGAACAAAAAAAUUACGAUCGUAAUGUUACCACUACAAUAAACCCAAAAUGCCCCGCAAAUGAAUGUGUGAAUUUCACUCUUGUUCAUGUUCAACAAGAAGGAAUUGCUGAUGUUCUCCAUCACAUUUGGACCAUGGAAAAUGUUCCCACUUUCUUUUAUGCCAGAACAGAAUUGAAUACUGAAAUGUUGAUUGAUUGGGAAAAGAUGUUGUCAGGAAACUACAGUCAAGCCAUAAGCUUUAACAAGGAACCACAAUAUUUUGCUGCAGUUCUUAUAUUCAAAUUUUUUAUGUAUAAUGAUCUCAAUGAUACUGGUGUGAUUCCAGAAACAGACAACUUUGACAUCGUCUCAUACAGUACCAAGAAGAUGUCAUGGGAACUCAAAUCAUCCAACUGUUCAGGGAAUGUUUCUGCUUCUGUGGCAUUCCGCUUAAGCAGCUAUGAUGGAGUAGAACUGGAUUCCUCUUCCAACAUUGAGAUAACUUUAACAGCAUAUGGAACUCGAGGUCGAAGCCCCAUACUGCCUCACUUAGCCUUCACAGAGAAUUCCACUCAGGUAGACUUCGUCUUCGAUCACGUAGAAACUAAAGAAUCUUUUACCAACGCACGGUUGGCCAUGGAAUUGGCAGCUGUUGUAUCCGAACCUGAUAGUCGGUUUACUCUCAACGUUUCGCAAAGCUUAGACGAUGAAUACACUCCUGGCGUCUUUAAGCUCAUGGAAGUUCAUUCAGCCUUAAAUCAACACUGGAUUCAAUGGCGACCAGUGUGCUACACCUCAACUCAACGUGAUAUCGGAGAUUCCACUGGCCUCUACCAAACUGAAAUAAGAAAUGUUUCGGACGAUAAUAUUCUUGACAACACGCUCCUGGAGUGGUUAUCAUUGGAUUUGGAUACGCGCUUUUUAUUAAUGAAGGGUUUCAAUGUGUCUUUUGGCGUUGAGGGUGACGGUUUUUAUCGUGCUUCGAAUUACACAGCUUGGACCUUGGUUACUGGCCACGGAAGACCAGUCGGCGAUCAGUUCUCGCUGAUGGUGAUAUUAGUCAUGGCAAUCGGAUUAGGGUUGCCCGCAAUCGUUCUCAUUCUAGGUGGCGCAGCCAUAGCCUUGCGAAACCAUAGAAACAGCAAAGAUGAUUUGUUGCUGAGUGAUUGAGUUGAUUUGGAUUUUAACCAAAGUGAAACUCGAGUAUCUUAAGACAAAUGAUUCGCUUCCUUUCUCGGUUUCUCUCCACUGUUAUUCUGACGCAUUUCAUAAUCUUUUCUGUCUUGAGCGAAAUAUUUGCCUUUGUGUGUACAUACGAUAUCGAAAUAAAAAAGUGAAACUGUA